CAUAAUCAAGGACAGAGUACGAGAACGGGAGCAUCUGAUUAGCCCAAUCCAAGGCCGGCGGUCGUAGGCUGCCUCAUCCGUGAGGCUCGAGACGUUCCAUGUGCCAUGAUGAGGAAGCAGAGCAGGCCUGAUCGUGACUAUCGUACGACUCUUUUGACGCCACUGAGGCAACUACAUCAGGGUUUCUUUCGGUUUUUUUCCUCGUCUCAGCUCGUCUUCUGGAUCAGGAAACGCGGCCACAAUGGCGGCCGCGGUCAUCUUGUUGCCUUCUUUUAUCAAUCGUCAGUGGUUCGCGGCCAGCACGGGGAACAGAGUGGUGAGGUGUGUUGUCCAGUGAAGCCCCACCCCAAUAGUUACACCGCGUUCGUCCGUUUAGGUAUGAGAAUACCGAAACAAUGGUUGCCGCUUAAAUAUCACUGUUCAGGCAGGAAGGGAAGUAUCCGACGGGAUAAGAGACCCGGCUUGGUCGAUCAUCUCUGGCAUGGCCCAGCUGGGUCGGGUUGCCAUGCGCCCGAGGAAACGCAGCAGACGAACCCAACGCUGUGCAAUAAUAAACGGGAAAAUACGCUUAAACAGGGUCCCAUCCACCUUGUAUCACCUCAUGCGGAGAGACCGAGCAUCACAGACGUGACAGGAAUCCAACCCCCUAACCCCUUUCGGUCCGGUGACGGCGAGGCAUCAAAAGAUCAACUCCUGCAUCACCACGACAUACUAGACGCGGGAGCACUUAACAAGAACAGAGUUGAUGCGGGGAACCCAAUGGAAAGACGAUGCUGUCCGACCCCUCCCUCGAGUCCAAGUCGGACAGCAUCAGCAUCCAGCUACAACAUCCAGAUCGGUGGUGUAAGAAACUGGGCUAGCCGCAUAGCAUCACCGACAAACGCAUCAAUCCCAUCCUCUCACACAACAAUCCCAUCAUCACAUGCAGCCCAAACCCAAGCCCAAACCCAAACCCAGCCUCGGUACGGCACACUCAACACUUCGAUACGACCCUCCCAACGGUAAACCCACGGUUCCAAAAAGACUACUCAGAGAUGACAACCUGCAAACCAACCAACGAGUUGGAGGAGCCUCGGACACGCCGCCCCGAGGAGAGAGACACGACACUUGGGCAUCCACAAGCAGUCCGAUCGAACGCAAACUUAAAACGCUCUCAUAGCAGGUAAACGAGAAAGCAGGCAGGCAGGCAGGCAGGGAGACAGACACACAUCAA